AUGUAUGUAACAGUGAUGAUGAUCAUUGAAGUUGAAUCAAGUCUUCACAGAGUAGGCGGCGGAAAAUACAAUUGGAAUCCCGAUGUCAACUUCUCCGACUGGGCCAACCACCAACGCUUCUAUUCCGGCGACUGGCUCUUUUUUGGAUUCGAUCGGACAAAUCACAACAUCCUUCAAGUAAACAAGACUAGCUACGAAAAUUGCAUCGACAGUGAUUUCAUAUUCAACAUAACACGAGGAGGAAGAGAUGUAUUUCAACUUCUUGAACCAAAGCCUUACUACUUCAUUUGCGGUAAAGGUUACUGCCUCAAAGGCAUGAAGCUCGCCGUUAACGUCCUUCCUCAACCACCGCCUUCAGCUCCAGCCGUUCCCAUCACCCCCGCCUCUACCGCCACUACUAUCACAAUACUCUCAGCCGCUUUCACGGCCAUUCUCACGGCAUUCACUUUUAAAGCCUUCAUAUUUUGA